AGAUAGCUAUACUGAGAGGUAGUACCUGGUACGGAGCUCGAGAAAGGUCCACAGACAGGUAGCUAUACUGAGAGGCAGUACCAGGUACUCUCUAUCUACCAUGAUGUUGCGGUUGUGUGCAGUCCUUGUGUUAGCCGUCCUGCCGGCCACAGUGCUGGGUCUCUCCGCGGACGAGAUCGCCGCCUUCACGGCCCGUACCCACACGGAGAUCAACACGAACAUGCAGGGGACGGUGUCUGUCACGCAGGACGGCGACACGCUGGUUCUGACGUCGAACGGGAUCCCCGACCACGCCACGUGGACGUUCCCCAGCAGGGACAACCCGAACGACCUCACGGCACAGAGCUACACAUGGCGCAUCCCGGUGACGCCUACCCGGGCCUCCUCUCCCGGUUGUCUGGGGCAGGGGCCGAUCGGCAUGGCCGUCAACGGCAUCCCGAUCUACAACCCCUUCAACAGGGACUGUCAGGACGCCGUGACGAACGAGGUGCUGGACGACUGCGACGGACAUCCCGCCGAACGGGGAGACUACCACUACCACCACGAAGCGAACUGUCUCCCGGACAAUGCCGAGAGCGACUCGGGUGCUUCAGGCAUCGUUGGGGUGGCGUUUGACGGUAUCGCCAUCUACGGCCCGCGGAAGGAGGACGGGACGCUGUACGUACACGAUGACCUGGACGCCUGCCACGGCAUCACCGUCAACGGAACGUACAGGUAUCACAUGACCUCGGACUUCCCCUACUUCAUUGGCUGUUACUAUGGAGAGGUCCUGGCCAAUAGCGGGGCGAGGACUGAGUGCAGUUGUGACGUACAGGCCUACCUAUCCGGCACAGCUGUGUCGUCGGCAAUGGGCACUGCGCUAUUGCUUGGCUUGUGCUUGUUCACUCUAUUCAUCUCUUCCUUGGUGUAAGGUAGUAUUGGGUACCAUGCUCCGUAGUUACUACCGACUGCCACCAACGACCAGCCUAUGAUACCCAGGCUAGGUGUAAGUAAGGUACAGAUGAAGAAAGAAGCAUAGCAAAUGCCUUUACAAAGUAACUUCAAUUUGAUAAUUGGUUUGAAUAGAUCAGCUGCUACAUGUACUUGCGUAUUUUCAGCAGCCCUAGUAUACUUUGAACUGUCACGAUGUUACAAUAUAACACUUAUCGGGAUAGAAACAAGAAUAGACACAAAGGGAGCUGAAAAUAUUCACUGUGUCUUUACUGAUGAUGUUUCUCACUGCUCCAUGUCAGUCGGAGCUGAAAUGUUAAUAACCUUUUUUUGUGC